UGGCGCCCGUCGCCAUCUUGCCCCCUUCUGAGGAACCGCAAAACAAACCCAAUUCUUGCUGGCCUGGGUCUCGUCGGAUGAACCUUUUAGAUGAGCUGCGAAAGGCCAGGCAGGGAAAAUAAGCUCUGUGGGGCUACAAAACAGGAGCAAGGAUGCCUGUUGUAUGGCCAACCCUUCUGGAUCUCAGCAGGGAUGAAUGCAAAAGGAUCCUUCGAAAAUUGGAAUUGGAGGCAUAUGCUGGAGUUAUCAGUGCCCUGCGGGCACAGGGGGACCUCACGAAGGAAAAGAAAGAUCUUCUUGGGGAACUCUCAAAAGUUCUUAGCAUCUCAACAGAACGCCACCGUGCUGAAGUGCGGAGAGCAGUAAAUGAUGAACGGUUAACAACAAUUGCACAUAAAAUGAAUUUAUCCUUAUAUUUGGGUGAGAGACCAAGUUACAGUAUGUCUGGACCCAAUAGCUCUUCAGAAUGGUCUAUUGAAGGUCGUCGACUAGUACCACUGAUGCCCCGGCUAGUUCCCCAAACUGCCUUCACUGUCACAGCUAAUGCUGUUGCCAAUGCAGCUAUCCAGCACAAUGCAUCUCUUCCAGUGCCUGCAGAAACAGGAAGCAAAGAAGUAGUGGUUUGCUAUUCCUACACGAGUACCACAUCAACCCCAACCUCCACCCCAGUUCCAAGUGGCAGCGUUGCAACGGUAAAGUCACCAAGACCUGCCAGUCCUGCCUCCAAUGUAGUUGUUUUGCCAAGUGGAAGUACUGUUUAUGUCAAAAGUGUUAGUUGUUCAGAUGAAGAUGAAAAGCCCAGGAAAAGAAGACGAACAAACUCGUCUAGCUCAUCCCCUGUUGUCUUAAAGGAAGUUCCCAAGGCUGUUGUACCUGUCUCAAAGACUAUCACUGUGCCUGUAAGUGGCAGCCCCAAGAUGAGCAACAUUAUGCAGAGCAUCGCCAACUCCUUACCCCCUCACAUGUCUCCUGUAAAAAUAACCUUCACGAAGCCCUCCACUCAGACAACCAACACGACAACACAGAAGGUGAUCAUUGUGACCACAUCACCAAGUUCAACCUUUGUACCCAACAUUCUUUCAAAAUCUCAUAAUUAUGCUGCAGUCACUAAACUCGUCCCCACAUCAGUCAUUGCCUCCACAACUCAAAAGCAGCCUGUGGUCAUAACUGCUUCCCAGUCCUCUUUGGUCAGUAGCAGCAGCAGUGGCAGUAGUAGCUCCACUCCAUCCCCCGUUCCUAAUACCAUUGCCGUAACAGUUGUGGUGUCCUCAACACCAUCUGUGGUUAUGUCAACAGUAGCACAAGGCACACAGGCAACCUACACUCGACCAACGGUCAGUCCUUCGAUAGGGGCUCGAAUGACUGCCACCCCUGGAGCUGCUACCUAUGUGAAAACAACCAGCGGUAGCAUCAUUACAGUAGUACCCAAAUCAUUAGCUACUCUGGGGGGCAAGAUAAUUAGCAGUAACAUAGUCUCUGGAACGACCACCAAAAUCACCACCAUCCCAAUGACUUCCAAGCCCAAUGUGAUUGUUGUACAAAAGACCACAGGAAAAGGAACGACCAUUCAAGGCCUCCCGGGCAAAAACGUUGUCACAACAUUGCUAAACGCUGGAGGGGAAAAGACCAUUCAGGCAGUGCCAGCAGGAGCAAAACCAGCUAUCAUCACUGCUACGAGACCUAUCACGAAAAUGAUUGUGACUCAGCCAAAAGGAAUAGGCUCUACAGUUCAGCCAGCAGCUAAAAUCAUCCCAACAAAAAUUGUUUAUGGGCAGCAAGGCAAAACACAGGUUCUCAUCAAACCAAAACCAGUGACAUUUCAAGCCACAGUUGUUAGUGAGCAAACACGACAGCUUGUAACAGAAACCUUACAGCAAGCUUCCAGGGUUGCUGAGGCUGGGGCCACGUCUGUUCAGGAGGUGAAAGAGGAACCACAGAGCUAUACAGAGAGUAGCUCCUCUUCUACUGAAUCUUCCCAAAGCUCCCAAGAUUCCCAGCCUGUAGUUCAUGUAAUUGCUUCCCGGCGUCAGGAUUGGUCAGAACAUGAGAUUGCAAUGGAGACUAGCCCUACCAUAAUUUAUCAGGAUGUAUCCAGUGAAUCGCAGUCAGCUACUUCAACAAUCAAAGCUCUCUUAGAACUUCAGCAGACAACAGUGAAGGAGAAACUGGAAUCCAAACCAAGACAAGCCACUAUUGACUUGAGUCAAAUGGCAGUUCCUAUUCAAAUGGCCCAAGAAAAGCGGCGCUCUCCCGAGAGUCCGUCAAUCGCUGUGGUGGAGUCGGAGCUUGUCACUGAGUAUAUCACCACUGAACGCACUGAUGAGGGAACAGAGGUUGCUUUUCCCCUUCUAGUUAGCCAUCGUUCCCAGCCCCAUCAGCAGUCCUCCCAGCCCCAGCGGACUCUGCUUCAGCAUGUGGCCCAGUCUCAAACAGCUACACAGACUUCGGUGGUGGUCAAGUCCAUCCCUGCAUCAUCUACAGGCGCCAUUACCCACAUCAUGCAGCAGGCAUUAAGCAGUCAUACAGCUUUUACCAAACACAGUGAGGAGCUUGGAACCGAGGAGGGUGAGGUGGAAGAGAUGGACACUUUAGACCCUCAGACAGGUCUGUUUUACAGAUCGGCUUUGACUCAGUCACAAGCCCCCAAGCCACAGAAGCCCCCGCUAGAGCCAACUCAGCUCCAAGUGAAAACCCUUCAGUGCUUCCAGACCAAACAGAAGCAGACCAUCCACCUGCAGGCCGAUCAGCUCCAGCAUAAACUCCCACAGAUGCCCCAGCUUUCCAUCAGACACCAAAAGCUCACCCCGCUUCAGCCAGAGCAAGCACAGAUCAAGGCCGAGGUGCAGCACGCCCAGCAUCUCUCAGGGGCCAAAGAAAGACAGCUGCCCACGCUCAUGGCACAGCCCCAACAGACUGUAGUACAAGUUCUGGCCGUGAAAACUACACAGCAGCAGCAGCAGCAGCAGCUCCCCAAACUCCAGCAGGCACCGAAUCAGCCAAAAAUCUACGUGCAGCCCCAGCCCCCGCCCCCUCAGGGCCCCCUGCAGCUCCCCGCAGCUUCCGAGAAACAGCCGGCGAGCCAGGUGGAGCAGCCAGUUAUAACUCAAGGAUCCUCUGUUACAAAGAUAACCUUUGAGGGGCGGCAGCCUCCCACUGUUACAAAGAUAACUGGUGGCAAUUCUGUGCCUAAGCUGGCGGUGCCAGUGACAGGCAUAUCUCCCAUGCAGGCAUCUGAGAAGACAGCAGUCUCAGACAUUUUGAAAAUGUCUAUGAUGGAAGCUCAGAUUGACACAAAUGUAGAACAUAUGGUAGUGGAUUCCCCCAACAAAGCUAUUGCCACUAAUAAACUCCCUGGUGAAGCAGACUCGUCACCCUCUACCCAGGUGGUGGCAGUAGGGCUGGCGACUUCCACUCCUCAGCAACAGAAAUGUAGAGAGUCCUGUUCAAGUCCUUCUACUGUUGGUCCAUCUUUAACACGGAAAAUUGAAGCACCAGGAGUACCCACAACAGGCCAAUUCAUACGUAUUCAGAAUAUAGGCCAAAAGAAAGCUGAAGAGAGCCCUGCAGAAAUUAUUAUCCAGACCAUCCCUCAGUAUUCCAUUCCUUGUCACUCCAGCUCCAAUGUGGUGGUAGAGCCCAGUGGGUUUCUUGAACUCAAUAACUUCACUAGUCAACAGCUGGAUGAAGACGAGACGGUACUGGAGCAGGACUUGGAUAGCAGCACAGAGGAGGGGACAGAACCCAGCCCUUCCCAGAAUUCAGCCGAACGGUCCUAGUGUUUUGGACACCAGAGUGCACUUUAAAACCUGCUGGGUACCCUUCCCAGGUGGGAAUCCCUUGUAUUUUGAUGUAUAGAGAGCACUUUGCAGUUAGUUAUGCCGUGGAUUCUGAAAUGACAGGUGCAUUUCACCAAGAUGUUGCUGCCAAAGCACCAUUGUAAAACUUGAGUUGAAUCUCACAAGGGUGGAAUGUCUUUUUUUAAAAAAAAAGAAUAAAAGAAAAUAAAAAAAGAAAAGGAAAGGAAAAGGAAAAAAAAUUCAAAUCUGCAACAACUUGAGUCCUGAUGUCUGAACUUCUCUUGGACUAUAACCAGAUACAAAACUUUGUCCAGCAGUGAAGAGAGACUUUUCCUGUUUUUGCUUCUCAGUUGGCAUCUGCUAAACAAAACACCAUUGGAAAGGACUGUGAAUGGACAUUGUGUUUUUGGAAAAGCACACCAGGGACAGUUUUAAAUCUCUCUCUCUCUCUCUCUCUCUCUCUCUCUCUAUCUCUAUUUCUCUCUUUCUCUCUCUCUCUCUCUCUCUCCCUCUUUUUUUGCAAAGCCCCAGGAAAUGUUGAGCUGGUGACGAUUUUGCACUUGGCCCAAUUCAUAUUGAAUUACUAAAAAACUUAGAAAAACAUUAGCACUAAAGUUCUUUUGGGAUCCUUAAAAGAGGUUCAGUUGUUCACUGUUGGUCACAUGUGGAUUUGGUGCCUGUCUUUGAGGCUUGUGUACUUUCACAAGUUGUAUGCUAAUUUAUUUACAAAACAAUAUUCUUAAAGCCGAAGGCAGCACUAUUCACUUUCUGUUUAAAUGUAAAGAUUUCAAAACAGGCCUUGCCCCUUUUAACUAGGAACACAUUUUUUGAAGACACCUGAGAGAAUGUUUCACUGUGAUGUAGAGGGAAAGAAACUUCUUGAGCCUAAAGAAAAUGUUCGUUCAAAUUAGGAAAAAUCAUAAUUAUUUACAGGAUGAGUUCUUACUGUGAAAUUGCACAUUUAUAUUGAACUAAGGCUUUGGGAAAACACACAUACAUAUGUAUACUCACACACUCGCCUCUUUCAUGUUGUUGUCUACCCCCUUGUGAAUGUACAAAUGUUCAGUUGCUAUUCUAAGCUUACUAUGUUUUAAAGGUGUUCUACCUUCUUAGGGCACAGUCUAUUCAAGCAAUAUGUUUGGGUCUUGUGAUCACUGUAUGUCACAGAUAGAAAGGGGG